AAUAUGUAUGUGAGUCAGGAGUAUACCGAGCUGGCGGCGAAAUUCAAGCCACCGGGCCGGCAUGAAGCUCAUCCCAGAGCGUCUCGCGGGGACGCCGGAGGAGAGGCCUUGUUCAGCAUCCGGCUAGCGGCAGAAGUUCAGAACCGACAGAAAUUUACAACAAGCCAGGAAAAGAAGAAGAUGACCGACCAGCCGGAGCCAGAGCAGGAACUAGCACAGCCCUCCCACAUCCGAUACGCCCUUCGCCAUCUGCGUAUGCUCCCGCCACCUUAUCAGUCCGACGACAGCAACAGGAUCACCUUCGGCUUCUUCGCUCUCAGCUCCCUCGCUAUCUUGGGCGGAUUGGACCGUCUCGAUCUCGCGGAGAGGGCCGACUAUAUCCAUUGGAUUUAUCGCAGAUGGAACCCGAAGCUUGGCGGAUUCGGAGGCGCUCCAAAUAUCGACCUCCGAGGUCUUGGGCUAGACGAAGAGCCGUCUGAUCAGCCUCACUUGACCCAUACCUACACCGCCCUAUUGAUACUGGCCCUCCUGACGUUACCUUCAGACGAAACUCCAGAGCCCGAAUCUCCAUACGGGAACCUAGACCUGCCAAAGCUCUUACAAUUCGUACGCGACUGUCAACGGCCCAAUGGAAGCUUCGGCUCCUUCCCCGAUUCGCAUGAUGAAGACGUCCGCUUCGUCUACUGUGCGGUCGCGAUAUUGGCCAUCGUUCGAGUCGACCCUAGCACAGUCAUCGACGUGGACUCGACGGAGCGGUUCCUCAAAUCUUGCAGGCGCUAUGAAGGUGGUUACGGACAAGCACCACACUUUGAAGCUCAGGGUGGAACGACGUACUGCGCCUUGGCUUCGUUUGCAUUAUUGAGUCGACUCGAGAGCAGUCAGACCGAAGAGGAGGCCGACCAGACCGUCCGAUGGCUUGUUGACCGACAAGGAGAGCUGGCUCAAUCUCCAGGGAUCCCUGCGGGAGAUGACGAGGAGAAGACUUCUGAAGAAGGAUCGCAGCCGGACGCACCCGAUGCUGGCCGAUCGAGCCCGCCUGGCCUAGGAUCGAACAAACCUGGUGAGACUGUCGAUCGAGCAAGCCUUGAUGGGCAUCCAUCAUUCACAAGGAGGACAGUGGCCGGGUUCCAGGGUCGGAUCGGGAAGCCAUUGGAUGCCUGUUACUCGUUCUGGUGUACGGCUGGAUUGACGAUCAUGUCCAGCCGAUACUCCUCACCACGAUCUCCUAAUAUGUCUACCGCCACUCGAUUACCUUUCCUCGACUAUCUCGAUCUUCUCCUCAAUCCAGACCUUGGUUCACCUCCAGAAGUCUUGUAUGACCCUCACGCAAACAUCCAAUUUCUCUUGCGUUGUCAGUCGAGCCAAUGGGGCGGCAUUGCACGCUCACCAGGCGACCAUCCCGAUGUUUACCAUACCUAUCUAGCACUAGCAUCCUUAUCGCUCUCCGCUCAUGCAACAGGACCAUCGGACCCCUCAAAGAUCCCUGAUCUUGAGCGUCGAGCUCCUGCUGGUUUGGAUCAACUCCCUCGGCAUGAUCCUUUUUUGAAUGUCCCCGUACAGGCUUCUGAAUGGAUCUCUAAAUGCUUCGCCCCUCAGCAAGACCCUUCACUUUGAUCUUUCUUAUGACGGACUCACUUCGUCAUUUUGGCUGAUCUAUCCACAUAUGCAUAACUAAAAGAAUACGCUCAGAGAAAACCCUCAUCCAAUGUCAUGCCGGUGUCGCCUUCCAAUUGGAAAUGACGCUGACGCGAGAUCGAGGCAGGUGCCCCAACUCAGCCAACAUGUCCCAAAGAUCAUCAAGUAGUAACGCCCAAAUUUGGGGCAAAUACUAGUAAAAAAAAUCAAUAAAACGGAGCUCAUCUCUCAUUUUAGAUUUUUUUGGGUGGGCAUAACAAAGUGACAAAUUAGUUCGCAACUUGGUAAUUAAUUGCACCAAUUUGUUUUGGCAGGAUGAAGUUGUUGUCACAAUUAGAUUGGAUAAUACGUUAGUAUAUAAUGAUCCGUACAAUCCGCAUAGUUUUUUUUUGUUAACCAUGAUGAGAUUGUUGGGUCAGAUGUACCACAGAGGUGUCCCCUUUUGUUACUUCCUGCCACUUAGCUACAAUUAACGUUCCAGAAGAAUCACAACAUGUAUAUGUUUGUGUGUAUAGCGGGUUCGUCGCUUUGGAUUCUAUCAAGAA